UUUAGUCAGGAGUUGAAUCUGAAUUGCUAUCUGCAUUUUGGGUAUAUAUACAAUUGGAUGGCGCAGAAAAGGUGGAUUGGGGAGGGCUGAGCGCACGCACGCAGACACAUAGCACAUACAGAUAUAGAUGUAGACUAGAUAUACUUUACCCAGGCCGCGGUUCGACCCAUUUCUCCUGGUACUCGUCGGUUAAACAUUUUUCCGAACCUUGCAACUUAACUUGUAGCCCAGAUGUUUGAUCACUUCUCCUCAUUGUCCAUGCUCAGUUCGCUACGGGAGUCACUAAUUUUCUCAUGGCCAUGGCAAGAACCCAGCUUUUCAGUGGCACCCUUUUUCCCUUUGCGUUUGAUCUUCAGCUCGCAGGACUGAUCACGGAUGGCGCUUGGAGCACAAUGGCCACUUUGCCCGAGGAAUGCCGCCCCAAAAAGGACCUCAUCUUUUCCACGAGCAACGGGAACAACGACCUCCGGAUCGAUGUGCGUUCCAGGGGCACGGUUGAGUAUGGAGGAAGCGGCCAACGGGACAACAACUGGCAAAGCCUCACGGGCAUCAUCUUCACCACCAAAGCGGACGAUCAGCAGAGUAUAUCCCUCCAUGAAGGAUGGACCAUCUACGGCGGCGAUUGGACCCCGCCUGUGUGGUCCGUGGUGGAAGGCAUGUGCGUCCUGGAGGGCAUGAUCAAGCGUGACACAGGGGGUCAAGCUCUGGCGACCCUCCCGGUGGACUGCUGGCCUAUGAGCCAGCUGCUCUUCAACGCACGCGACGCCGAGAGGACGAGUCGGGUGGACAUUACCCCCGAAGGUAUUCUAAUCGCCGGAAGACAAAGUGCAAGAUGGAUCAGCCUCUCUGGCAUUGCUUUUCCCCAGAGCCCGGGUGGCAUCCGCAUGUUGCCUUUGCGGAGCAACUGGGUCAGAUACGAUGACGAUGGCACGUACGGCUACCCGACCUUCACUGUGAGGAACGGGAUAUGUGUGGUGGACGCGAUGCUCAAGGAUGGGAGUUGGGCGUCCACCCUCGCCCAACUCCCUUCGAAUUGCAGGCCGAGCAAGAGCUUGAUCUUCGCAGCCAACAAUCAUGACGGUGCAGCCCGUGUGGAUGUACAAGUGCCGGGCGCAGUUAAACAUAUUAGGGGCUCAGCGAACCACGGUUGGGUGAGCCUGUCCAACAUCAUCUUCGCUCCCGGCUCUCUGGGGCACAUCGCCUUGCCCUUGGUCAGUCCUUGGGUCGGCUAUGGAGGAAGCUUCGGAACUCCGGACUACACAGUCCGCAACGGCGUGUGCUCGGUGGAGGGUAUGAUCAAAGGCGGCAACUGGGGCCACCUGGCCACUUUGCCGGAGGAUUGCCGCCCCAGCGGAAGACUGGUCUUCGCUGUGAGCAAUGAUGACAACCCCGCGCGGGUGGAUGUGCUGACCAACGGAGAGAUCCGCUACGCCGGGGGAGCAAAGAACCACG